UCUUCUUCACGUACUUCUUCUUCUUGUUGAUCCUAAAUUGAAAUUGAAAAGACUAUAUAGCUAGAUUUGAUAUAUAUGGGUAAUUGCUUGAUUAGAAGAGAAUCAGCGAUGUUAUGGGCCGGCGAGGAUUGGGGAUUUCCGUCGGCGUCGGAGGAGGAGGAUGAGUUAUUCUCUUGUGGUAAUGGAGAAAUAAUGUUAAACUCCGACGAGUCAAGAGAGAAAGAAAAGAAGAAGGUUCAUGAAUUAUUUUCUCAUUCUCCGCCGGCGACCAAGACGAAGACGACGGAGGUUAAGAUAAGGAUUACAAAGAAGCAGUUGGAGGAGUUAUUGGGUAAGGUUGACGUGCAGGGGAUACCGGUGGAGCAGGUCUUGGAACAGCUGAUGAGCGUUAGUGAUCGAUUUGAGACUAAUCAACGCUCCUGGAGACCAGCCCUUCAAAGCAUUCCAGAGAUCAAUUCAUUUUAACUACUACCUACCUUAUUUUAAUCAUAAUCAUAAUCAUAUAUAUAUAAAUGAUAAUUGAUAAUCAUGAUGAUGAGAUAGAAGUUAAUUAAGUUAAGUUAGGAGGAGCCUUUGUUGAUAUGGAUUAGAAUUCAUGUUUUCUUAUAUAUAUAUAUUAUGUAUAUUAAUUCAUUUGUGUU